CGUAGAGCCUCAUACGCGGGUCAUAAACGAUCCGCGGCCAUAGUAGAGGUGCACGCGCGAGAAUCGAUCCGAAUCGCCGGCGAUAAACGCAUCUCCCGCGAGGCGAUCGUCGCGCGCCGCGUCGCCGCCGAGCGAUGAGUUCCAAGUUCAUCAUCGAUAGCAUGCUCCCCAAAUACCACCAGCAAUUCCACCACCAGAACUUAUUCGCGGGUGCUGGGGCGUCUCCUAUAGAGGCUUCACUUUCAUCUUCUUUGUCGUCGUCGCUCUCGACGUCCCUGUCGUCGUCGUUAUCUGGCGGCCUGGGGGCGGCAGCGCUGGGGGCCGGCUCACCAGGUGCCGGGAGCCCACAGCGCUCUUCCUCAUCAUCGUCAGCGUCGCCGGGAGCACCGGCGAGGAUGUAUCCAUACGUUUCGCACCACCAGCAGUUCGGUGGAUCGGUGCCGUUCCCAGCAGGCAGCGGCUUGUCUGCGGAUGAUAAGAGCUGUCGAUAUCCAACUGCGGUGGGCGGCGAUCCGAUGGUGAACUACGCGUUGGGCCAACACAAUGGCGGGGCUGCAGUGUCCGCGGCUUCAGCGAGCAUGGCUGCGGCUGCCCAGUUCUACCAUCAGGCGGCAGCGAGCGCAGCUUCGGCGGCGUCAGCGGCUUCCGUAGACGCCAUGGGUGCUGCUUGCUCUCAGCCAUCGGCACAGCCCCUGCCCGAUAUACCACGCUAUCCUUGGAUGUCUAUUACUGAUUUUCCAUUUCCAGAUUGGAUGAGCCCCUUCGACCGCGUGGUCUGCGGUGAGUUCAAUGGUCCCAAUGGUUGUCCACGGCGGAGGGGUCGACAGACUUACACAAGGUUCCAAACGCUAGAACUAGAAAAGGAAUUCCAUUUCAACCAUUAUUUGACACGCAGACGCAGGAUAGAGAUCGCCCACGCUCUUUGCCUCACAGAGCGACAAAUAAAAAUAUGGUUCCAAAAUCGACGUAUGAAGUUAAAGAAAGAAUUGCGCGCUGUUAAAGAGAUAAAUGAACAGGCGCGCAGAGAACGAGAGGAACAAGACAGAAUGAAACAGCAGCAACAGGAAAAACAAGCCAAGCUGGAGAGCCAGCACCACGGGCACCACGUGACCCACCACCACGACCCUAUGAAGAUGCCCAUAGAUAAGGGCUCCGGCGAUAUUCUCAAAGUGAACAAGGUGCCGACGUAAGGCGCCCACGCCCCACGCAUCGUGUAGCAAAAUCCUGACUGAUACUGUAUCAUAGUGUGAAUACAUGAAUGGAAGUGUUACGUCCAUGAGGACUCGCGGGUUGCGUUAGUCGUUUCGUAUCCACUAGUUUUAUGUUUUGCGGCUGAUUUCGUAGGAGUGUCGCCUCGUUGUGGAGGUGUUUCGUGACUUUUAUUGUAUUAAUGUUCCUUUAGUGCGAAGGACUUGCCUCGGUGUCGUUCGCUGGUGGACAGGCUGGUGAUGUGCUUUAAGCAUUUAUUUUGUUGCCAUAACCACACCAUGUAUUGCAAUAAUAUUAAUUUACUAAAUUUUACAAAGGUGUUAGUGUCGCUCUAAGAUUAACUAUUUGGAGUGAUUCUCGGUAUUGUUAGUUAAGAUUAUGAAUCUGUGAAUCUCAUAGUAUUUAUUACAGCAGCUACUCUUAACUCAUUAUGUUAUUUCUUUUUAUUAUAGCUAUUAUAAUAUUAUGUACAUUUUGAUGUAUAUUUUAUUUGGCCGCUGCCCGUGGUCCAGUAACGUUAAAAAUCAUCACCACUAUUUUGUGUUAUUGUAAAUUUUGUUGUAUUUGUCAAUCGGUUUCAGAAAGUUAUUUUUAUUUUUGAUUGUGAUUCAGUUCCGUUAGUUAAGUUCAGUGAUUAUUGUUGUUUAUUUGAUCGCGUAAAUAUAAUAUUCAAUUAUCUAUAAUUAUUAUUACAUAAAUUACUAAUUCCAUAAGAACGUUAAACGUAUAUUUAAACAAAAAUACGUAUCAAAGUACAAUUCCAUGUGUAGGAUUUUGUCGUAAAAUCGUUUUUAUUAAUCUUUCUUGGAAAUAUGCAAUAUUUUUUGACGAUAAGCAUUCUACCUAUAUAGAAAAUAUCGAGUCCAAAUUAAUGAACAGGUUUCGAUAAUGAAUACGACGUAUUGUCCAAAUAAGUCAGCAGUUCAAAAUUAUAUACGUAACAUUGAUACAUAUAAUAAACAAUAAUGUGUACUAAAGUUAAAUUUUACAUGUAUCUCUAAAGUUGAAUAGAAUAAGUGUAAUAUAUCUUUAACGUAAGUUCGACUUUUUAUGAAGUAAUCUAGGUGUCAUUUAUACGAUCUCCUCGUUCGUAUUCCUGAGGACAGUUUGUUCGAGACACAUAAUGCAGAUAGCAACGGCUUAAAGUGUAUUAAAUUUUUUUUUUUUAAACAAACGUGCUUCCAAAAUACAAAAUAGAUGUCUCAGUCAAAAAUUAUUAGGCAAAAGUUUUUCUUUUCCAUUCCUUUUUAAAAAGUAUACAAUAAAACUUAAUUUGCUUGUAAUUCAUAUAUUGUGCCAAAAUAAAUUAAUGACUUAUUCAUCUCUCUCAUCAGCUCCUUAAUUCGCGUCCCAUUUAAGCAUUAAUAUUUCUUAAAACGUAAUAUCAGAACAAAUUUAGUAGUAAAAAUUUAGUGUUGAUAGUCACCAUUAUACGUAAAUUAUUGUCAGGGUAGAAAUAAUAAAAAUUAAAUAUAUAUAACAUGUGUCGAUAUGAAAACAUUUGCUUCAUUUUUAUAAUCAUCUCUUAAAUCAACUGUCCACUGUUUAUACCAUAAUAAUACUUACGAUCUAUAUUUAUCAUUUUCCUUUAAUGACGAUUAAUAUCGUAAUAUCAUGUUAUAGGCGUAAGAAUUUCCGAAUCGUGUUUUCAAUAAUUCCAAGCCAUCAUAGAAUAAAACCGAUAUAAUAUAGGAUUAAUGAUUCACGCAAUAUAAACUAUAAAAUAGAUAAAAAUAUCUUAAAACGUAUUAAAAGAUUCAUUUUUAUUUUAAGUUUUCCAAAGGAUUUAUUUUAUAAAACAAUCUUCGUAUUAUUAAUAUUGAAUGUAUCGGCGAUCGAUAUGUGCAAUAGUUUUAUUCGAAUUGGUUUAAUCUAUCGUCGUAUUUGGUGUAAGGUUGUCGUUAGUAGGUAUAUAAAAUUAACAAUACAUAUUCCAUCUUUGAACGUGAAUAAAUCGAACAAAAUGUACUUAACUUUGGUAUGUGUAGGCUUUAUAAAUUAUUAUGCAUAGUUGUAACUACCGUAGAUACUGAUAAUUUUAAGCGUAUAGAACCGGUGAAAGUAUUUGAUUGAAAACGCUUAAUUGCAUAUUUAGUCUCGUUAACUACAAAUGGAUGAGAAGGUUGCUUAUUAGAACAAGGGACGUACACUGAACAGUGAACACGUUACACACCGAUACUUGAACAAUUACAACGCAACGUGUGUAUACGAACUGUUACAAAAUUGUUAUCAAUUAUAGAUAAUUGUGUGCUUGUUUUUCCCUGUAUUGAUUUAUAACGUAAGAGUUGUUUCAUUAUUUUUGUGGGAUAGUGCAAAUUAGGAGAGUUAUAAUAUGUGGAAUACCUAGAGCCAAUAUGGUUAUUAUUCGUGACUACUCGAUCCUUUCUGGUUUCAUUUUCAACAAUAGGUAGAACUUGAGGUGUAUGAGUAAUGAAAUUUGUGUGUAUGUACGUCCAAUGAUUUAUGUUAGGUUUUCUUUAUUGUUUCUGCCUCGUAAAGAACUGUAGAUAAUUCACGAGAAACAAUGAGCAAUUUGCUAAAUAGAUUAUAUACGACCUCCAUCCGUCUUGCCAUAUACAUAGCUAGAGUUCUCUAGACCUUAGGUAUUAUAGUGCUUAUAAUACCAAUACCAUGUCAUUUGUUUAUAUAUGUUAACAUUUUUGUUCGCCUUUUAAAAAUAUUGUUUGAUAUCAAAAUAUAAAGUUUGGAUUUAUAAGAUAUAAAUUAUUUAUUGCAAUAUAUAAUUUGUUUAUUAUUUUUGAUGGAAAUUGUCCUGUUUUAUGUUUAUGUUAAAGUUAUAAAGACUUUCUUUGUGUAGGUUAUGAUCAAUUUCUUGUCUUUUAAAUGUAGCAAUGUAUGUAUGUACCUACGUAUAUCUAUAUUUUUGAGAAUAGUUAUAAAAUCGUCAUUUAAAAAUAAGUAAUUGUAAAUAGUUGUCGAAGUUUUUGUCGCGCAUUAUAUUUUUGUUCAUAUUUUGUUUAUGUUAUGUAUUUAUGUAAUGAGUGCCGUACACGGUUCGCUAACAAUUAAAUAGUGACAAAAAUAAAUGAUCAUUGCCUUUGUUUGAAUUUUGAAAAAUACUUGAAUUAAGUACAAGAAAAUAGAAAAGCAUUUACUUUAUAUUAUCACUGUGCUAAAAAUAUAUAAAUAUGGUUUUAAAUUGUCCAUCUGAAAAGAGAACCGGCGUACGGAACCAUGUGACUGUGUCGUGUUAAUAUAAGCAAAAUAGAGGGGUGAUUGUAUAUGAAACCCGCAUUCAAUAUUGUAAUAUUAAUUUCGAAGAUUCAAGAGAAUAAAGAGUUAAUAAAACAAC